AUGUCCCCAUUACCAUCCUCACCUGCUACCACCACCAUCUGCCACAUCAACGGCGACGAAGACCUUUACGGGAUCGGCGUCCGCACCGGCAUCUACGCGCAGUGGGUCGCAACCCUCCUAUCGCGAACGCUCCGGGUCCCAGAAGAAAUCACCGCAUCGGACGACGCGAAUCUCUGCUUCCAGCUCGCACUCACCGCCGUCCUGCUCUUCGUCCUCACGGGCCGCAAGGAGCCCUUUAUGCCCGUCGAGGCCCUCAUAGCCCUCCCACUCUGCUUUGGCGGCUUCGCCGCCGCGUCUGCGCCGUUCUCGCUCCCGACGACGGCGGCGGCGGCGGCGGCGGCACCGUGUCGGCAGGCGACGAGCCUGGUGAGGUUUCUGUGCUCGUUGCACCUGUUUGGGAUUCUGGCGGGGGUUAGUUGUUGGUUUUGGUGGUAUGGGAUAGAGCACGGGCAUAACGUGGCGGGUGACCAGUGUCCGUAUUAUACCUUUCUCUUCGCCAAGGUCAAGGUUUCAGACUCCCUAAUUGGAUUCUAUCGGUUCCUGGCUGUCGUCGGCUGUGUGGUGUUUGCGGGAAUCGAGGCAGUUCUCCUAGUGAUGAUGGUACAUGUGGUAUCGCGGUGUUCACGGCACGAGCUCGCCACCUACCUUCUCAAUGCCCAGAUGCCAAUUAUGCCAAAGCCUUCUUCUACCACUACGGGCGCUACAGCCUGCCUGCAGGCGCCGUGGGCUAGCAGAAUCAUGGCUCUGCUGUGCCUGGUGAUUAUGGCGGUUAUGGUGAUGGUUGUUGAGUUCACGAUCAGCUGGAAUGGAGUGAACGGAAUCAAUGACUUGAAAGCGGCCGGCCAGGCUCUGCCCCUUGCUGUCGGCAUUGCUGGGGUGGUGAGGGUUCUCUAUCGGGGUUUGAAGUCAAGGGUUGGGGUGGGAUCUGGCCAUGGAGGUGGGCUAGUAGAUGAGCUGGAUCUUGCCUUGGCAUGA